AAAACGUAAAGGGAGGGAAAACAGAGUUGGAAUUCCUUUUGACUUAAUGGUGUAAAGGUUAGUUUCUGCAGCUGUGAGUUCUUGCCACUCCUAACUGUAUAAUCAGGUGACUGAAGGCGUGGUGUCCCAAACAUUUCUGUAGUUCAACACCACAACACACUCUGCUUCCUCUUGGGCAGAAGCUAUACGCUCAGAACAGCAGACUUUGGCACAGUGAUUCAGCAUGGCUCUUCCUGGGGGGAUCAAGUGUUUAAAAUAUGUUAUUUUUAUCUUCAACAUUUUGUUCAUGCUUACAGGCACUGCUGUAUUGGGAAUAGGCCUGUGGCUGAAACUGGACUCAAAAACCAAGGGCCUGUUUGAAGGACCAGAUUCUCCCGUUGUCUUUUACACAGGUGUUUAUAUCCUGAUUGGAGCUGGUGUGCUUAUGAUGGUGGUGGGCUUCCUGGGAUGUUGUGGAGCAAUUCAGGAAUCACCAUGGAUGCUUGGAGUGUUCUUUUUCUUCCUGCUGAUCAUAUUUGCCAUCGAGGUAGGAGCUGGAAUCUGGGGAUUUUCUAAGCAGAACGAGGUGGUGGAUAACAUUGUUGGAUUCUAUAGAACGACAUACGAUAACUACAAGAAAACAAGGGAUGAACCCCUCAAAAAGACUCUGCUUUUGAUCCAUGAAGGGCUGUACUGCUGUGGCCCAAAUGGUAUGAUCACAGAAACCGACCACGAAAUUUGUCCUCGAGCAGAUACGCUUGACCAGUUCAUUAUAAAGGGCUGCCCUAAAGCCAUCGAAGACGUGCUUGAUUCUAAGUUGCACAUUAUUGGAGGAGUUGGAAUCACCAUUGCAGUUGUUACGGUGUUCGAGUUGAUCUUCAGCAUGCUUCUGUGCUGUGCCAUCAGGAAGUCUCGGGAGGUGGUGUGACCCUGCUAGAAGUUUUUGUUAUUGUUGCAUGAUGUCGUUUCCAGAAUAAACCGACUCUCCACUGCCAACAAAAAGAAAUAACAGCUUGUUUAAGGCGGGUGCUAACCUCAGCUAGAACGGGUUAAAAUAAUUUGGACUGUAGACACCAUGAAGGUUUGAUGCACUGUAUUUUAGCCCAUCUGGUUUAUUUAUGUAAAGGGUUUUAAGAAUUAUUCUCCCAAAAAGCCUAUUAUGUAAACAAAAAAAAGCUUCACACAAACCUUUGGGUUAAUGUUUCUAAUGUUUGCUGACCUUUCCAACAUAGUAAUCAUAAAGUGCUAUAUUAAAGCAGAGAAUUUUACCCAAAGAAAUUAUUAGAUCAAUGGAAAUUCUAAAAUUUGAUAAAUUAAAUUAAAAAUAUAUUAAAUUAUGGUCACUAACAAGAAAUGUUGCAUGUUUCUGGGCUUUUUAUGUAUUUUAAAUCCCUUAAAUUAUCUUGUUUUUACUUAUUUUUACCCAAAUAAUAUAAGAGCUAACAAGAUGCCAGAAGAUAUUACCUGAUAAGGAGUUUUUGUUCUAACCCAGCUUUACGUAAUCUCUGCAGUGCAUUUUGCUCCUGAGAUAGAUGUAACGUCGUCAUAGCCCAUGUAUAGAAUGGGUGCCAUCUGCUUCAGUGGAAGUGUACUGUAGUACUGAAAUGUUUCAAUUUGUGGUUAUUUGACUAAAAUCCGCAUUCGUGAGUUUCUAACCAAACAGCAUGUCGGUGUGUAUACUAUACUGAUAUUGAUUACAAUCAUUUUGGAUCUCCUACUAAUAGAAAUGGAUAACACCACCACUUCAGUGCAACACAGCAGUAACUAAUGAUGGCUAAAAGCCAAAUGAAGCUACAAGAUGUAGUUUUGGGGUUACAGUAGUGUUUCAGUUCUAUUUGUUUUUGUUGUCAUUUCCCUUCGUUUGAAAUGCCUUUUUUCAAAUUUUAUAUGUUUUAUUUUUCUAUUUCUACGAUCUGUGAUGUUUUUUUUGUGUGUGAAUUGCACAUGCAGUUUAAGUAUUUUGCGUUGUCAUUUUGAUUUGACAGAAUUAUUUCAUUUCUACACUAUGCACUAUGUCAAAUACAAAAACAUUAAAGUGUUAGGUUGAACUUGAA